AUGUCGCCUCUCGAGAUAUUCUCUCAAUACGCAAACCCGCCAACAAACUACAUCGGCACAACAAUCUUCCUCUCCUACAUCGCUGCAGCACUCUAUCUUACAUUUACAAUCACAUUCUCUCUAUACCGCCAGUACAACAACACUUCCACUUCGUCUUCCAAGACUAAAGGGAAAGGCAUCGGUAUCAAAUCACAACCCCAAAACAUCAAGAUCUUCGCCUUCCUCGCAGGAAUCAGUUUCGCCACACUAUCAUGGCACAUGCUCAAUUUCCUAAUCACAUCAUAUCUCCAAUGGGACGGCAGCAAACAGCUCUCCCAAGCAGGUAUAUCAGGGAACAAGCUGAAGAGAUGGAUGUUAGAAUCGACACUCUUCCAAGACUUUGCUCAAGAGCUAGUCAGCAGUGAAGCUAGUGUAGUGUGGACACAAGCCGCAAUCCUUGGGACGUGGUUCUGGGGCGUUUGGACUGCUCGGGAGGCACGGAAAAGCAAUCUCGAUGCGAGCGCGAUGUGGAAGUUCAUUGCCCUGGGCCAGAUCUUGCCGAUUAGCUUUACUUCUGCCCUGGGCAUCGUGCAGUUGUAUCUCUCGUCCUUGUCGAGAAGCACAAAUACUGCGGAAAAGUCGCAGAGAAAAUCGGUAUCGCUCGUACUUCCUACAGUCGUUCUCAACACCUGUCUUCUCGCUCAACCAUUUCUGAGAGACCAUCCGCUUUUCGUCACGACUAUAUUGUUUGAGCGGUUGAUCUUAUUGCUUCCAUACUCUAGUCACAUCAGUCUUGAGGAUACGGAAGUGACGCAAAGUAUCAUCAUUUCUGCUGCGUGUGCGGCUGGGAAUGUUGCGCUGAUGGUCAAAGGUGUAAAGAUAGGAGAGGUCCUUAGCGGUGUGUGGCAUGGCGGGUCAGCGGUCAAGGCGUUAGGAUGGGACGCGGUAUUGGGAGGUUUAAUCUCGGUAGUAUUGUGGAUGAGAGGAGGCGUGUAG